GGACUACUUCGUGGGCGGGGCGUGGGUGUGAGCUGAACCGCUCCGGGACCCCGGCGGUGGGGGUGAUCGAGGAGAGCAGCCUGCUUGUCCGCACAAAGGGGAGGGGACUGAGAACUUAAGCCUGCCUCACCCCGGAGCGGCCCGGUUAGACCUGGCUUGGUCGCUACCAUGAGGUUAAAUGAGAACACUUUGCUGCUGGGGAAGAAGGUGGUGCUAGUACCUUACACCGCAGAGCACGUGCCUAGGUACCACGAGUGGAUGAGAUCAGAGGAGCUGCGGCGUCUGACCGCCUCGGAGCCACUGACUCUGGAGCAGGAACAUUCCAUGCAGCGGAGCUGGCGGGAGGACGCGGACAAGUGUACAUUCAUUGUGCUGGAUGCAGAGAAGUGGCAGGCCCGGCCGAGCACCACUGAAGAGAGCUGCAUGGCGGGAGACGUAAACCUCUUUCUCACAGAUCUGGGGGACCCCUCCCUGGGGGAGAUUGAGGUCAUGAUUGCAGAGCCCGGCUGCAGGCGCAGAGGCUUUGGCACCGAGGCUGUUCUCAUGAUGAUGUCUUACGGAGUGACCAAAUUAGGUCUGACCAAAUUUGAGGCUAAAAUUGGGCAAGGAAAUGAACCGAGUAUCCGGAUGUUCCAGAAGCUUCACUUUGAGCAGGUGGCUGUGAGCAGCGUCUUCCAAGAGGUGACGCUCAGGCUGACAGUGAACGAGCAUGAGCGGCAGUGGCUUCUGGAGCAGACCAGCCACGUGGAAGAGAGGUGCUAUGGAGAUGGGUCGCCGCAGUCCCAGUGACAGCUGGCCUUGUCAGCAGCCGCCCCAUGUGAAUGGGGGUGCUGGGACCACACAGAACAGCAGAGUUCCGUAACACAAAGUGAACUGUUGGGGGCUUCGGGGCACUGUGCACCUGGCCCCUCUGUAGCCUGUGACUCUUCCUGUGGGGCGCUUCGGACUC